ACUUCUGGGUCUGAGGAGGGAAGGGGUUAAGGGUCAGGGGUGCUGACCCAUGAGCAGUGGGCGUUCCCCAUCCUGCUUCCUGAACUCUGUCUCUCCAGCCCCAGCAGAAGAGGCCCUUCCUCUGUGGCAGCCACAGAGGCUCAGACAGGACACAUGGCAGGCCCCCUGCUCCAGCCCCUGCUGCUCCUACUGCUGUCCUUCGCCCUGGGAUCUCCUGGACAAGCAGCCCAUGGCAACGGGGAAAGGAUUAUCAAUGGAGCUGCAUGUCCACGAGGCUCCCACCCCUGGGAGGUGGCCCUGAUGCGGGGCAGGGACACACAGUGUGCAGGCGUGCUGAUUCACCCGCAGUGGGUGCUCACCGUGGGCCACUGCCGACAACUCGCCUACAACGUGCAGGUGGGCAGCCAUGUGUUGAACGACCCCAAAGCCCAGGUGAUCCGGGCCACGGAGUCCUUCGUCCACCCCCAGUAUAACGACGCCAAAAAGCUGAAUGACAUCAUGCUGGUGAAGCUGAGCCGCCCGGCCACGCUGUCGCCGACCGUGAGGACCAUGGCCAUUUCUUCCGAAUGCGUGAGACCUGGGACCACGUGCGAGGUUUCUGGCUGGGGCAGCAUCACCGGCCCCCCUUUCGAGACCUAUCCGUCGGAGCUCAUGUGCACAAACAUCACCGUCAUCCGCCUGGAGGACUGCAGGAGGCACUUCCUGUACCUGAGGAGACCCUACAUGUUCUGUGCAGGCACCCACAACAGCAACACCAACGCCCACUUGGGGGACUCCGGGGGACCACUGGUGUGCAACGGCGCCCUGCGAGGCCUCGUGUCCCGGGGGCCUUCGACUCCGUCCCUGAACCCCGUCGUCUUCACCGCAGUAUGCGGAUUCGUCGAAUGGAUAGAGAACACCAUAAGAAGUCAUUCCUAAUCACUCCCUACGCCCAUCUCUCGCUUACUAGGCCCUGAACAGGAAAUUCACAGAAAUAAAGCAUCAAUUAUAUA